AUGGCUGAGGAUAACGACCCACAUCCUUAUCAGAAUGAUCAUAUGGAUCACACAUUACAGGCCCAGGACUCUCUCAACGAUGUUUCCGAAGACGGCACCGGCGCAACCGACCUGGGCGAUGAUGGUGUUCUAAUCCAGCCUUGGAGAGUCGUCAAAAAGACCAUCCAAGCAGCGAUUCGGGCGCUACAGCACUCCCGGCCAACUCUCAAAUCCACAAUCUACAUUCCCUCACCGACGGUGGACUCGUUUGCGACUCUGGAUUCCCACAAUGCCCACUUUUGGCGAGGUCCAAACAGGAUCAAGCACGUUGCGACGGGCGGCGAAAAGGGUGCCGGGAGCACGAGCUGCGCCGGUAUCAACCGAUGGAUAUAUGUGAAAAAAUGGAAAAUGAUCAUCGCCGCAACAGUACACCUUGAAAUCAAGAUUCUGGACAUUCGCUUCGAAUUACUCACCUCAGCAUCCAGCGUCAAGCCCGUGCUCAGGCAAGUUGCUUGCCUCGAGUUCAACGAGGAGAGCGAAGAGUUGAUUGUCGCCGGGGUCGGAAACAUUCGAAUAUGGACCUUUGUGAAGAACGCAGAGACCACUCGAAUUGUCAUCGAGGAUCUGCCACCAGAAGAUUGGAUCACUCAAACCCACUACCACAGACCAAGUAACCGGCUCUAUGCAACUUCGGACAACAACAUUUAUGACUAUGAAACAGGAGGUCUACUCGACAAGAUGCGGUCGAUACAUGAGCUGUCGAUCACAUCUAUGGUUUUCCACGACGUCAUGGAGUGCAUGAUAACGGCAUCAAAAGAUGCCUCCAUCAAAGUGUGGAACAACCAAAAUUGCUUGAUUCAAGAGCUCCGGGGACAUUCAGGAGGAGUCACCGGACUGAUGGUUCCCGAUCCCCUGAGCUCAAAGAACCAAUUUGUGGUCUCCUGUGCCACCGACAACACAAUCCGUCUGUGGAAUCUCGAAACAGCGAUCUGCAUUUACAGGCAAGGACCGAUUCGCUUCAAGGGCAAGUCUCCUUGCAACAGCUCUGGCCGUCGUGCUGACCAAGUUCUUGUAUAUGUCGCCGCCUACACAAUUACAGGAUCCAACUAA